GCUCCAUCCACCCCCACUUUCUCUCAACUAACCUCUGCUUUCUCUUUCUCUCUCUCCUUCAAACACUCUCUCUCUCUCUCUAACAUUCAGGUUUUGACUCUCUCCUUUCAAACUUUAAUCCUUAAACAACCAUGAUGCAAAUCGGAUCAUCGGUUCCGGCGCACAAUCUUCACAUAUUUCAGGCAAGAUUCGCCGCCGUUAACACUAAUAUGUCGUCGUCGCUAGCACCGACAAUAAAAGCAUGUUUAUCAAAGACCACCACCAAGCUCACCAGACAACACCUCUCAAAUCUUGAAAAACUUAUAGGCACAGAGCCUCAAGUCAUCAAAUCGGAACCAAAAACAGCUCCGACAGAUAAUGGGUUGCCGGAGAGUAGAGUAAAAGGUCUUUUAGAAGGCCUGAAUUUGCCUCAAAUUUGGCCGGUAAAUAAGGCGGCGGAGGAGAUGUCCCCCCGCCACCUUAACCGGCUGCAAAGGUUGUUGUCGAAAAACGGUAUUGAAUAUUCUCCGCGAAACAGUCUGGCUUCGAGGUGGAGAGAGUAUCAUGGAAGCAAUAAUUGGGAAGGUUUACUUGAUCCGCUGGAUGAGAAUCUCCGGCGAGAAAUGGUCCGGUACGGCGAGUUUAUUCAGGCGGCGUAUCAUUGUUUUCAUUCUAAUCCCGCCACCUCCGGCAAGGAGGUACCGUCACCCCGGCAAGUGGCUUUGCCGGACAGAUCUUUCCGGGUAACAAAGACCCUCUACGCCACCGCCUCAGUUGGGUUACCCGACUGGGUCGACAAGGUGGCGCCGGAUCUCGAGUGGAUGACUCAGCGCACGAGCUGCAUCGGUUAUGUAGCUGUGUGCGAGGAUCAACGUGAGAUAUCGCGUAUGGGGCGGAGGGAUAUUGUGAUCUCCCUACGAGGAACCGCCACGUGUCUUGAAUGGGCCGAGAACAUGCGGGACCUACUUGUGAAAGUACCGGGAAAAAGAGAUGAUAGUUACGGACAACCGAAGGUACAGUGCGGGUUUUUGAGUCUGUACAAGACCGCUGGGUCUCAUGUCACGAGCCUGGCAGAGUCGGUGGUUACAGAAGUUAAACGGUUAACCGAAUUAUACAAAGGUGAAAACCUAAGUAUAACGGUAACCGGUCAUAGUCUAGGUGCGGCAUUGGCUUUAUUAGUGGCCGAUGAUCUAAGCACGUGUACUAAUGACAUGCCACCAAUAGCCGUUUAUACCUUUGGCGGCCCACGAGUGGGAAAUCGUGGAUUUGCAAAGCGUCUUAGUGCCCAAAACGUGAAAGUGCUACGAAUAGCGAACUCUCAAGAUAUUAUAACUAGGGUUCCAGGAAUGUUCGUUAGUGAAGAACUUGAUAAGAAGCUAAGAGAGUCUAAAAGUGUUAACAAAGUGUUGAACAUACUCGAUAAUAACAUGCCAUGGGCCUACACACACGCUGGAACGGAACUAAGAGUUGACACGAAGAACUCUCCUUAUCUAAAACCGGACGCCGACGUGUCAUGUUGUCAUGACUUGGAAGCAUAUCUACACUUGGUAGACGGUUUCUUGGCAUCAAGUUGUCCAUUUAGAGCAAAUGCCAAAAGAAGCUUGGUGAAGUUGCUACAUGAACAAAAUUCAAAUGUGAAGAAACUAUACACAAGCAAAGCAAAUGGGUUAAAGUUAAACUUAGAAAGAAAUAUGCAAAUGUCAAAUUGUUUGCCAAGUCCGUCAUAACUUGUAAACAAAUCUUUUUUCAAGAGGGAUUAAUAGACUUCUUGUUAAUAUACAUCUCACCGGCCUCACUUUUUUACAUUA